AUGAUAUCAGGUUGUCCACCUGGUUUGGAAUGUUUAGCAGUUAUUGACCAGCUAAUGGUACAUCAAAAAGUUGAAAUACUUGAAGCUAUGGGUGGUGGGGAGACAAAUAAUAGAUAUGCUAUUUUGAAUGCACUGGGUCAAACAGUUUUGUUUGCUGUGGAGGAAAGUAGUUGGUUCGGUCGUAACUGCUGCGACGAAAAUCGUGGAUUUGAAGUGAGAGUUUACGACAACUUUCAGAGGGAAGUACUGCAUUUCAGCCGGGAAUCUUGUACGGACAGUAUUGAGGUAUCGGCACCACCGGGAAAUUUAAUUGGCUGUGUUGAAAACAACGCUGGAUCAUGGUUUACACCAAAGUUUCGCGUUAAAAAUGAAAAUAAUGAGAAAAUAUUACGUAUUGAGGGUCAACUUACUUUCGGAAAGACUAAAAAAUUCGAUGUUCUUCCAAUCGAGGGUGAAGCAAUUGGAAUAAUUGCAAAGAAAUCGAGUGGUUUCGCUCGUGAAUUGUUCACAGAUGCCGAUAACUUUGCAGUUGCUUUCCCAAUGGACAUGGAUGUUCAAUUGGUUAGCGCUCCUGCUAAGAUACCGGGCUGUCCACCUGGUUUGGAAUAUUUAACAGCUAUUGAUCAGCUAAUGAUAAAUCAAAAAGUUGAAACUCUUGAAGCUAUAGUUGGUGUGGAGACUAAUAAUAGAUAUGCUAUUUUAAAUGCACUCGGUCAAAAAAUUUUCUAUGCUGAAGAGGAAAGUAAUUGGUGGGCUCGCAACUGUAUUGGUAAAUCGCGUGCAUUUGACAUGAAAGUUUUCGAUAACUUUCACAAUGAAGUAUUGCACUUCUAUCGGCCAUGGAUGUGUGCAAAAUUUUUUUCGCAAGGUUGUACGCAAAGUAUCGAAGUGUCGGCACCACCGGGAAAUUUGAUUGGACGUGUUGAACAAGCUUGGGCCGGAUGGUGCACACCAGCUUAUCGCAUUGUAAAUGAGAAUAAUGAAAAUAUAUUACGUAUUGAGGGUCAAUCUUGUUUAGCUAGUUGCGGAAGUGAUGUGGUAUUCAGUGUCCUCUCACUCGAUGGUACAGCAAUUGGAAAAAUUGCAAAGAAAUGGGGCGGUUUCACUCGUGAAUUUUUCACUGAUGCCGAUAACUUUGGGGUUACUUUCCCAUUGGACUUGGAUGUUCGUUCGAAAGCACUACUUAUGGGUGCAACCAUUCUAAUAGUAAUAUGA